AUGCUGUUCACUUGCAAUCAGUGUCAACAUCGGCAGCAAAAAACUUUUAGCAAGCACUCCUAUCACAAAGGCGUCGUGAUUGUGCGGUGUGACGGGUGUAAGGCCCUGCAUCUAGUGGCUGACAACUUGGGCUGGUUCAACGAGGAAGACGGCCGCAACGUGGAGGAUUUUGUCGCUGCCAAAGGCGGGCAGGUGGAGCGUCGAACCACGUUUGAGGGCCGGAUUCAUGUAUGGUUCUACCACCUCCCCCGCAGGGACAUGGAGGAGCUUUUGGCCGCGCAGGGCAUCAAGCGUAGCGACACUGGCUCAAACCCGUCAGAUGAAGCGCCUCACCACAGUGAAGAGAAGGACCGGCCCAAAAACAAUGCUUGA